UUCCGCGUUAAUUUGGCGGGAAAUUUAUGUUGACAUUUUCGUGUUUUUUAUUUAUUUUAUUGUAGACAUGCCGUCAAAGAUUGUGUUUCGUGGCACAUUGUCUGCUCUGGAAUGUCUGGAGAAGAAAUUUAACUGUAAUGCAUGUUGCUCAUUUGCCACCAGUCCAGUAACGCUUGGGGGAUGUGAACAUGUAUUCUGCAGUGGCUGCUGUGAGGGUUUCCUUGGAGGGGCGUGUCCAGUGUGUGCCAUCCCAUCCCCGGCGAAGGAUGCAGAUGUUGACAGGCAGCUCUUCACACUGGCCUCUCUGUGCCUGUCUCUGAGAGAGGUGAUACACAGUCAUAAUGCCAGCAAUGGGGCACCACAUGAACAACACGACGUUGAAGACAAUAACAUUCAAUGCACACCUAACCAGCCCAUCCCUGGCAGUAGAUCACAUGACAGUCACGUGACAGCAUUUGAUCAUGCGCCCAUGGAUUCUAAAAAUAGCAAAUCAGAUCUUGACUCCAAACGACCAGUUAGAAGAAAGAAAACCACUGAAAGUAAUGAAAUAACAAAGAAAGAGGCCGUUGAAUUGUCUUCUGUUGACAAUCUUGUACAGACGAAAGGGCUACAUAACACUGUAAAAAAUAAAGCUACUUCUUUAAACAAUUCAAAACAGACUGGGCAGUAUAAACGAAGGCGGACGUUACCAGCAGAUCAGUCUACUAUGACGCAGUUCUUUGAAUGUGAUGAUGUUGAAAACGCUCAUUAUACAGAUGGCAAUGUGGAUGAUGUUAUAGAUGAAACUGAUGGAAAUGCACACAUGAAAGCAAAAGGUUCGAGAGCAUCAAAGAUCAAAGGAAAGUCAGGGGUGACCAAAUCCAAGAGAAACACAAGACUAAGGCAUAGCCUUGAUAGUAAAAUCGAUAUGGUUGCACAUUACACUGAGGCUGAAAAAGAUGAAACAAAUGCAGGUAUAGAUUCGGACAUGACAAUUCCUUCAAAGUUGAAGUCAGUGGUCAAUAGCAGAAGAUUGAGGUCAUAUUCAGGUCAACAUUAUGAGGAGGAUGGUGGAAAAAAUACAGUUUGCAAUGAAACCCUUGAAACUCCAACUGUAAACAAGAGGAGGAGUUCUGUAUAUAAACCAUGCUUGAAUAGUCCAGAUGCCACUGUGACUGCCUCCACCGGCAGCAUUGAUAGUACACCUGUGGGAAAUAGUGGCAGACGUGGAGUUUCUACACCAAAACUGUUGGAUGGUUUUAAAGGAGUGAAUAGUGCAGCUUCCACCCCAGUCAGCAGAGUGUCCGCCUUAUCAACGUCUCCUCUCAUCAACAAACGUAAUGCCAAGGGAGAGUACCCUCUUCAUGUUGCAGUUAUAAAGAAUGAUGUAGCCAAGGCAAGAGAGCUUCUGGAGCUGGGUGCCAGUCCCAAUGUUCAGGACAAUGCUGGCUGGACUCCACUGCACGAGGCCUGUAACCACGGCUACCUGGACCUAGCAAGCCUCCUUCUAGAUCACUGUGCGCUGAUCAACAUUCCAGGUCACGAAAACGAUACGCCGUUACACGACUCCAUUGUCAACAAUCGAGUGGACUGCGUGAAACUGCUGGUGUCAAGAGGGGCAUCUUUGACACUCCGGAACAUGCAUGGGCUGACUGCCCAUGACCUUGCAACAUCGGAUGAUAUGCGUGACGCCCUGCAGACUCCAGUCUUGGCUGAAGUACCUGUAGAUAGCCAGUUUGUAGACACCCUGGAGUAUCAGGCGCCAUGUUUGUUGGGAACCGGUCUAACCAGAGAAGAGAAAGUCCAGCUACAGAAAGCUGGUACCAUGCUGCAUGUCAAACUAUCUGAUGAAGUUACACCUGAAGUGACCCAUAUAAUCACGAAGGUGAACAAGGACGGAAUGUGUCCCCGCACCAUUAAGACUGUGCUGGGCACAUUGACUGGCAAAUGGAUUUUAAACAUGGAGUGGCUAGAGACCAGUCUGGCUAUGGGCAGACUGGUUUGUGAGGAAGCUUUUGAAGUGCCGGGCACCAGUCUAUUCCCCAACUCUCAGGCACCAAUGAAGGGACGAAAGAACAGACAAAAACUUUUACCGGGCCUAUUUCAUGGCUGCAAGUUCUACUUCCAUGGCAGUUUUGAGUUCGCUCAACCCUCGAAAGACGACCUGACCCAGAUUAUCACCGUUGCCGAGGGAACAAUACUGACCCGCGAACCAAAACCUGGUUAUCUUGACAACAACCUUACAGUUCCCUACCAUGCGGACCCAAGUUGUGAAUUUGCCAAUAUCUGCGUGUUUAUUGUGCAUGAGAAAAUUUCUGACAGAGUUGUUUUGAGAAAUAAGAAUAUGUGUUCAGUUACAUCUGCUUGGAUCAUGGACAGCGCUUGUAACUUUCAAUUCAUGCCUCUUCCAUGUGCACAGUUAUGAAUGAUUGGAUAGUGUCAUGCUGAAAGAAUCGGGUCCCUUAUUUCAUUAACAACUUUUUUAUAAUGAAGAAUAAAGCUUUAAAUAAUAAAAGCAUAAUAAAUAUAAUUACUUAUCCUAUCAGCUGAUUUCUUCUUUUGAGAGUGAAAAAUAAUUUCACUUAAGUUCAAAGUUACAAUGUUUUGUAUUUCUUUACUAAAUAAGGAAACACAUGUUUGUUUGGAAUUCCUUAAAUAACAUUGGCAUAAUGAUGCUAUUUAAAUGUAUAUUUUAAUGCCAAUCUAUUGCAAUAUGAAAUGAAACACUUAAGAAAAUUUCCCAAUUUAAGGAUAAGAAUAAAAAUUAACGUAAGAUGCUUCUGGAAUACCACCCCAGGCCUUAACUUAAAUGAUGUAUCUACUUAAGAAAAUAUACAUCAGCAAGUACCAAUUGUAGUAUUUGCAUUUACAAAUUAUUUUUUUUUUAUAAAGAAUGCUACAAAUUGAAUGGCUUACUACCUUUUUAGAUUCUAAUAUUGUCCAUAGCACUGUUUAUUUUGAGGACUGCAAACAAGGGCUGGUUGAUAUGUGCCCGUUAUUCUUUUUAUAAAAUGCUGUAAUUGAACUGUAUUUUUUUAUGCUUCAAUCAUUGUUAUGCGUGUUGAACUUUCCCCCAAAAUUUUUUGUUGUUGAUGGGGAGGUUGUGUGCAGAAGGACUGAGUCAGUCAGGCUGAAAAACUUAAAUGUUGCAAUUCAGGGUCUUGUUUACCCUUUAAAAGAUGUUUAUGAAACUUGCCUAAUAUAUUUAGGUGAGAUGUGCAAAAGGCAUAAAUCUGUUAUUCUGGCUCAAGAUCAAAGUCACACUUGAAUGUAAAUUAUUAAUUCCUCUAUUUUAUAUCUGCUCUAUAUUUUCUAUCAUUUUUAUCAAAUUUAGCCGAAAUGUUUAGGUCAUUAAGACAAUGUGCAAAAGGUAUUAGCCAAUCUUUCCACUUCAAUGCUGGAUCUUUGGGCCUUUAUUGUCAUGUACAUUUCAGUAUAUUCAAUACCCUUUGAAUGAUAUUCAUGAAAUCUGCACCAAACCUCUAAUGGUUGGUAAAAUAGCUGCAAGUGAAGAAGGAAUAAGACCGUCAUGCCAUCUGAAGGUCACAUUUAAAGGUCAGAACGAUAAUGGCGGGGGAUAUUUCUGUCCAUUCCACUACCUAAACAAUCCUUAUUUUGCACACAAAAACUGGUGAUGAUUACAAGUUAUGUAUAUCUAAUUUUAAUCUUCUAAUAAAUAUCUAUUUAA